AUGCAAAAUGGUUCAAAAUUAACAGGACAAGUGAUAGGAGUAGAAUUACUCCUAUUUCGGAGGGUCGUUAAUAUUGGUUUAUACGCUUUUAGUGCGAAAUUUGAUCUUGUUUUGGUACUUAAUGGUAUGUUUGAGUAUUUCAGGUUUUCUUCUUCUAGUAAUCAGAAUGCACAAGGCCAGAAUAACAAUGGGCAGAGGGCGCCGACUUUGAUGGAAUUCUUUCAGCCAAAUGUGGGCAACACGACUCAUGGUCAUUUUGCUCAUCCUGUGCUUACACCUCACUAUGAAAUCAAAACAAGUUUCAUCCAGCUCUUAGAGGCUCGUUGUCAGUUCUAUGGUCUGCCUUCGGAAGACCCGAAUGCACAUCUGGCAAAUUUUUUUGAGGUGUGCAGUACCUUCAAGAUCAGUAACAUGACUAAAGAUGAAGUAUGGUUGCGCCUAUUCCCAUUUUCUCUGAGGGAUAAGGCGAAGCAAUGGAUUCAUGCGUUGCCCAGAGCAGGGGUGAACACUUGGGCAGAUUUGGCAAAAGCUUUCAUGCACAAAUAUUUCUCCAUGGCAAAGACUGCGAAGUUGACAAGGGAUAUUAUGCUCUAUCAACAACAUGAUGGAGAAUCGAUACAUGAAGCUUGGGAGCGCUACAAGGAGAUGCAGAGGAAAGUUCCCCAUCAUCACAUCACCAGAGAAAAUCUGAUCCAGAACUUUUACAAUGGAUCCACUGAGUUGGGUAGAAGCGCUAUAGAUGUAGCUGCAGGCGGAUCACUGAUGAGGAAAACAACUGAUGAAGCCUUCGCUUUAUUAGAUGAGAUGGCCAUGAAUGGGUGUACUUGGCCGAAUGAAAGGGCAAGAGUACCAGCGCAGAAAGGAGUAAUGGCAGUCACCGCUGAUCCGGCUGUGGAGAAUCUGAAAGCAAAGAAUGCUGCAUUGCAGGCUCAGGUGGAUAUUCUUAUGAGGCAAACUGCAGGGAUGAACAUGGGAAAUGUGGCUGCAAUUCAAAGUAGCUGUGAAGUAUGUGGAGAUCCUACUCAUGUGUCAAGUGAAUGCUAUGUGAUGGGACAAGCUUUUAAUGAGCAGGUCAAUUUCGUGGGAGGACAGAGACAGGGUAAUGACCCAUAUGCUGCUACUUACAACCCAGGCUGGAGGAAUCACCCGAACUUCUCAUGGAAGGAUAAUGGGAGUAAUGCCAACAAUCAGGCAGGUCCAAGUUUCCAAGGAGGACAGAGGCCACCACAUCCACCUGGCUUCCAGCAGAGAGAGCAGGGCGAAUCUCUCCAUAGCAAGUUUGACAAGAUGAUGGAGAUGAUGAUGAAGAAGGACGCUGAGACGCAGCAGACAUUUAAAAAUCAUGCUGCCACCAUCCAUAAUCUUGAGGUGCAGAAUCAGCAGAUGGCUAAAGCUCUGCAAAGCAGAAGUCAGGGGGGUUUACCAUCCACUACUGAGGAAAACCCCAGAGAGCAUCUCAAGGCUAUUGAGUUGAGAAGUGGGAAAGCGCUGGAUGAUCCAUACGCAGGACGUGCGACAGUUGAGGCAGAAAAGGAUCAGUGUGAGGGUGGCGAGCCUGAAAAGGUAGUUGAUAAACCACCUCCACCACCUCCUUUUGUGCCAAAGGUGCCAUUCCCACACAGAGUGAAGAAGCCGCAGGACACUUGGAAGUUUCACAAAUUUCUUGAAACUUUCAAGAAGCUACAGAUUAAUAUCAGUCUGGCAGACGCAUUGAGAGAGAUGCCGCACUAUGCAAAGUUUCUCAAGGAGAUCAUCACCAACAAGCGGAGUUGGGAUGCGGAGGGACCGGUACCUAUGACAGAAAACUGCAGCUCAAUCAUAUUGAGCAGUCUACCGACCAAGCUUAAGGAUCCAGGGAGUUUCACUAUCCCUUGUACUAUCGGUAACAUGCAAUCUGUUAAUUGCCUUUGCGAUUUAGGUGCUAGUAUUAAUUUGAUGCCUGAUAGGAGUAAAAUACUCCUAUAUUACGAGAUAAACGAAGCGUAUGUGAAGGGUUUUGAGUCCAAAAGAGCAAAGAAUCGAUGA